AUGGGUUCAAUGCCUAGUCCGCACUAUGAUGCCGUGAUUGUCGGAGCCGGCUUUUCCGGGGUAUAUGUCUUACACGGUCUGCGGAAGAUUGGGUUGAAAUGCAGGGUCUACGAAGCGGCCUCCGACCUUGGGGGGGUUUGGUACUGGAACGCUUAUCCAGGUAGUGAUGGCUUGUCCAUUUCCCCCCGAAUUACCAUGUCGGUAGGAGCUCGGCUGGACUCUGAAGUUCCGGUAUAUGAAUAUUCUGAACCCGAAGUCUGGACGGAUUGGACAUGGACAGAAAAAUACCCUACGAGGGAAGAAAUAAGAAAAUACUUUGAUCACGUUGACAGAGUGUGGGAUAUCAAAAAGGACGUCGAGUUCAAUGUUAGAGUUGUUGGAGGGCAAUUUGAUACCAACGAGAACGUCUGGAAAGUUGAGACAGAAGACGGACGAACGACAACAUGCCAAUUUUUCAUUCCGGCGGCAGGUUUCGCAGCUAAAGAUUAUGUUCCUGAUUUCAAGGGAGCUGAUUCCUUCAAAGGCGCUAUUUAUCAUUCUUCCCGCUGGCCUCAGGGAGGUAUAUAUACCGAGGGUAAACGCGUGGGCGUGAUUGGGACAGGGGCUACUGGAGUUCAAAUUGCCCAGGAAUGUGCAAAAGAUGCGGCCAGUGUGAUUGUAUUUCAGCGGACCCCAAACCUCGCUCUACCGAUGCGCCAAAGGAAGCUAACCCCGGAGGAGCAAGACGGGAGGAAGGCGACGUAUCCUGGGUUCUUUCAGAACCGUCUGGCAACUUUUGGCGGGAUGAAAUACACUUUCCUGGCGAAGAAUACGGCAGAAGCAACACCAUCAGAGCGCGAAGCCUUCUUCGAGCAGCUGUGGGAGAACGGCGGAUUUGGAUUCUGGCUGGGCGGUUAUAGCGACCUGUUUUUUGAUCAAAAAGCAAACCGGCAUGCCUAUGACUUUUGGGCCAAGAAGACACGCGAAAGGAUCAAGGAUCCCAGAAAAAGAGAUAUUCUUGCGCCGUUGGAACCCUUCCACCCGUUUGGGACAAAGAGACCUUCGCUAGAGCAAAACUAUUAUGAAAUUUUCAAUGAGUCCCAUGUAGACGUUAUCGAUUUGAGGGAGCGAAGCAUCGAGAAGGUCACGCCUAAUGGGAUCCUCAUCAGUGACGGGUCGUUUUAUGCUCUGGAUAUCAUUGCAUUCGCAACGGGCUACGAUGCGCUCACAGGGGGGAUGGUAAAAAUGGGUUUGUUGGACAUCCGUGGCAAACCAUUGGCGGAAGACUGGGAAAACGGAGUCGUCUCAUAUCUUGGAAUGUGUCAUCAUGGGUACCCGAAUAUGUUCUAUAUGUACGGGCCACAAGCACCGACUGCGUUUGCCAACGGUCCAUCAUGCGUUGAAGUCCAAGGCCGUUGGAUUGUCGAUGUUAUCCAAAAGAUGCGAGAGCAGGGGCUCAAAUACAUUGAGCCAGAACCUGAAGCGGAAGCGGAAUGGAAAGCUAAAAUCAACACGCUCUCAGACAUGACGCUUCUCCCCCUCGCAGACUCAUGGUAUGUUGGUGCCAAUAUUCCAGGCAAGAAGCGGGAACAACUCAACUGGACUGGAGGGCUGCCAGCAUACCGAGAGGAGUGUGCAGAUGUACUAAAAUCUUUCAAGGGCUUCAUUACUGCAUAA